AAAUGCACACAGUCUUUGGUUUUCAGAGCUGGUGUUUUGUUUUGGUGUCAAUGCUCAUUCUGUAAAUUAAGCCAAAGCAUUGUGUUUUGCUGAUCGCGAUCCAGGUUCCCCUGUCUCUGGCCUCGGCGGUACUCAUGCUAGCAAACAGACAUGCUUAUUAGUAGCGUCUCAAUCCGACCUUGAAAUGGCCGGCUCUCUCUCGACUCGCCUCGCCUCGACACGACUCAGACCCAGACCGAGGCAUCAACCAUCACGGAGUCCACCCCCUUCCUUGCUCGGGGCUCGCCAGCCAAGCCGGGGUCCGUGUCCGUCCGUGUGCAAUGGAUGGUGCAUGUCAACAGUCUGUGUGUCUAUAGUCUGUGUGACCAUGCUUCGCUUCCAUGCCCGCGCAGCCCAUUUCCCCUUGAUCGACUCAGGGCAUGUCCCCAAUCGGCAACCCGUGGCGCAACGACGUCAGCACCAAUGGAGUAAAAGCAGUGAAAGCAACCCCUACCACAAAUGGCAUCGCAAGGGCGAGACGCCGGAAAGCUUAACCUCUGGGGGCCGGCGUCCGUGUCAGACGCCUCAUUCGCUGUGUCAAUUGCGAGACCGUUCCAGGCAGAUACCGAUUGACAUGUGCGAAUCGCAUGAGUUUGGCGCUUGGAGGGACGUCUGACGGCGGCAAUCAGCCAUCAGCAGCGAAAGGUGACGAUGAUGAGGCUGGGCAUGUUUCUGGUGGAGGAGCGACGGCAGUUCCGGGAUGGUCCUUGCUCGGGAAGGGUGUUGGCAGCUUGUUUGCGCACGCGUCGCGCGUCUUGUCU